GUGUGUAUUCUGUCAAAUUGUGACAGGAGCAAUUAGUGGUUCACACCUAUUUUCUCUAUGAUGGAAACGACGAAGCCAGUUUCCCAUGGCCUGUCGCGCAUACAAAAACCUUCAAAGUCCCCGCCUGCCGGAAGUUCCCAUCACCAGGACUCCCCGUCUCGUCACCCCUACAAGUUCAGCUCGGUGGAUUCUUCCACCAGCCAUUAAAGGGCAAUGUUGUUCCAGAUAUGGAACAGACCACGGUGUUUGGAGGGGUGUGGAAUAACUUUCGGCUUGACAGCCAAUAGCGAGGAGACAGGACGUCCCUGCCUGCGUGGAUUUGCCCUGGCGGAGCUUCAAAGGGUCUAGCCGGCGGGGUGCGCGAGUUGAGCCGGGCCUGGGGGCGAUUUUAUUUCCAUUCCUGUGUUUUCCUUGGCCGAACUGGGAACUGCAUUCGCGUCCUUCCGAGCUGAACGUCUCGCACGCGCAGUUUUGGGUCUCAGAAUUUCGUCGGAUUGUCGUGGACCUACCGAGGGAUUGUGCGAGUGAUCUUCGGUGGUGAACCCCGCGGCUUUCACCCCGUCUGUGCGGCAGAUUGUGGUGCUAGGGGUCAGGCCAGACGGCCCGUGACUGAGACCGUGGAUCCCGCUAGCUGUCCUGGGGAUCAGCCCUCUCUUUACUCUGCGCUCCUGCACAGACCGGCGCUGUAAACAGUGUGCAGUCAGCGAUUUCGGAGUUUAUCAGGAAGUUUGGGCUCACUGAAAAUUGCGUGAGCAACAGGUCAGUGCCGUGUCACAAAUAUUGCCGAGGACGGGCCUUCAGGAUUGUGUGUUUUAGGAGGACGCUACAUUUUCUGAUUGUACUGUGCUGAUGAUGUUUGCCGUGUACUAACGUGGAGCUAGUAGGAGUAUCGGUAUGGGGAUUGACGCCCGUCGGUUCUCGGGGCCUGUGUCGCCCGACUUGUUGUGUUCUCUGUGCGGAGGGGUGUUACAGGACCCGCUAGCUACGCCGUGCGGACAUGUCUUCUGUGCGGGGUGCGUGCUGCCCUGGGUGGAGCUACGCGCCUGCUGCCCCUACCUCGGGGGAGAAAACAUAACCUGCGGGACGACCAUCGCGUCUGUUCGGGACCUGCACCACGUCCUCCCGCUCCGCAGCCUAGUCCUCUCCCUCCCCGUGCGGUGCGACCACGACGGGCGGGGCUGUGAGACGGUGGUGCCGCUGAGGGAACUCGGAGCGCACCUGGACCGAUGUGACUACACCCCCGUGCCCUGCCGUAACCCCGGCUGUCGGGAAAUGGUCAACUGCAAGGAUCACGACCAACACCAGCGCGAACUGUGCCCCUUCAGGCCUGCAGGAGUUUGCCAACAAGGCUGCGGCCUUACCCUCACCCACAAAGACGCUUCAUCUACAGAACACGACUGUAUCAAAGCCUUACAAAACCUGGUCUCCUCCCUGCAGCUCAAGCUCUCCAGGGCCGAUCAGGACGACAAGAAACGUGCCGUUCGAUUCUCCAAGCGGGAGAAAGCCCUUCUGGCCCAGAUCGCCGCGCUCCAGAGCGACAUCCACAUGCAGGCGCUGAGAUUUCAGAAGAAAAUCACGGACUACAGGGCACAGAUCGACUACUUCACCAGGAGGAAUUGGCAGCCUGGAGAGGAACAGCAACUUACUGUGAUGCUGGAGCGAGACCAAGGCAUGCUGGGAUUUAACAUCAUGGGAGGAAAUGUGGGAGACGGGAUUUCUUCCGAGGGCAUCUACGUGUCGCGAAUCGUAGAGAAGGGCCCGGCAGACGAGCAAGGGAAGCUGCGGAUACAUGAUCGCAUCAUGCAGGUGAACGGAAAGGACCUUAGUAAAGCGAGCCAUGAGGAGGCAGUGGAGGCUUUUCGCACGGCGAAGGAACCGAUCGUUGUGGAAGUUGUGCGGAGAUCUAGCGUUGCGCGGCAAGGGACGGCCAAGCCGGAGCGGCGGGAGCCGUGUCUAGUGGACGCGGCGGUUCAGACGGACAUCGGCCCCGACCCGUACUACAUGUUGGGGAUGUACAGACCUCCCACCCCACCGCCCCUUGGCAUGCAGGGUACAGCUCCCCAUCCCUACGGUGACCUGUACGAUGCAGCGGAAGACUUGGAGUUUGCAGAUGACCUUCCACCAUUGGACGACAACUACAACAUUGAAUAUGAGGAAGUGACGCUGUGCCGAACUACCAGCGAGGACAAACUCGGUCUUACGCUCUGCUACGGAACUGAUGAGGAAGAGGACCUGGGUAUCUAUGUGAGCGAGAUUGAUCCACAAAGCGUUGCGGGGAAGAGCGGCAGAAUAAGAGAGGGGGAUCACAUUGUUCAGAUUAACGGGGAGGAAGUUCUGAAUAAGGACCAUGCCGUGCGCCUCUUCUCUGAGGACAAGUCAGAGAUUAAGCUCCUGGUGGCCAGACCUGACACACGGUUUGAUGAGAGUUGGCUGGAGGAGGAGAGGAACAUGAUUCUGGAUGAGUUGAACAUGCACAUGUUGGAGCAGCACCACAGUGAUGCCAUGCGGUACACGGCAGCCAUGCUGGACUACAACGAGUGCAGACACAGUAAGGAGGAGGAGGGCACGACAGACUCAGCCACCAGCACCUCCAACCAGCACGAGAAAGACAGCGGGGUCGGCCGCACGGACGAGAGCACCAAGAACGAUGAGAGCUCGGAGCAGGACCUCGGGGAGGACCAGAGCUCCCACCGACUGGGCAGCGGCGAGCUCCGCAACAGCAACUCCAGCUUCACGUCCAACGAGCAGGAAUUCGGGCAGGAGAUUUCCGCCGAGCAGUGUGCGCGGUUUCAGAAGGAGCUGGAGAGGAAGUGCAAUGAGUCGUACGGCACCCGGGACACGGGCACCCUGUCGGACGUCAGCGAGCGCGAGCUGGAGGUGCUGAACAGACGGAUGGAGGGGAUGAGCUUCCACACCAUGCCGCACGUCUACCCGAGGGACAUGACGCCCUACGAUAACCUGUACGAAAACAUCAUGUACUACCACCAGAGAAACACGCCCGAUGUCCUGAGCUCUUACGAAAACCUGGGACACGGCUUGAGGCACCCCGGACCUCAUAGUGUAGGGCCCAAGCCAGACAUUGUGCAGCCAGAAAUGACCGAGAUUGAAAAGGACAAACAGAGCGACAACUCGUCGAGUGCGUACAACACGGGCGAGAGCUGUCGCAGCACUCCUUUAACCUUGGAGUUCAGUGUCGAUAGCUGCAAACGAUCUGACACUUCGUCAGAAAACGUGGUGACUGUGGUGUCGACGCAGCCCACGGCAUCAGUGACAGUCACUGAAACAUCAAAGGACAGUAGACCAAGCCAGAGCCCUGUCAGAAAACUGGGCAAGCCAGACUCCGUCAAGGACUUGCGCUCUCGUAGCACCAGUAGAGAAAAGGAGGGCAAAGUAGAAAAGAAGCACAAGGACACGAGGGAAAAUCAGAAGAGCCUGCGUAGGGAAAAGCCACCGAGAAGGGAUCGGCAGCAGGAGGAAAGUGUGUACUUUCAGCCGAGGCCACGGUUUGUGGAGAGAGACAGUGUGUACUUCCAACCACGCAACAGACCGAGCCUGUAUGCCUCCCAGCAGAGCAUACGCACCAUGAGCAGUAUGUGUACGUCGCAGAUGAGCAUUCCGGUACAUGCCCAGCACUACCGGAGCUACAUGCACCUGCUGAAGGCCCAGGAGAGAGAGAUGUACCGAAAGGUACGGCAGAAGGAAGUGGAGAAGGAGCAGCCAAGGGAACAACAAGUUCGUGAGGAAGAGAAGCCGGAGGACGACGGGAACUUCGAGUGGAAGGUGAAGAUUCGCAGCGACGGUUCGCGCUACAUCACGCGCAGACCGGUCCGGGACAGGUUACUGAAAGAACGUGCAAUGAAGAUUCAGGAAGAGAGAAUGGGACUGACGACAGACGACGAGGCGAUAAGCGAGAUGAAGCUGGGACGUUACUGGACGAGGGAGGAGCGACGCGAGCAUUUGCAGCGGGCAAAGGAUCAGAAGCGGCGGCGAGAGUUCAUGGAGAGGGCAAGACUGGACAUUCUUAAGGAGUCAAACAAUGAGAAUCCCAUCUUAGAGAUGAGCCAGAAGAAAAUGUCGAAGAAGGGGAAGGGAAAGAUAAUGGAUAACUUCAUGACAGUUCAGGAACUGUUGGCCCAGAGAGUUACCGACGGGUCCAAGACACUGGGCCCACUGGUAACGUUAACAACAGUGUGAGACGACACGUGCCUCAGCAGUAGUGUAGAUAUCCACAGAGCUUUGCUGUGUCCAGCAUCUCGACCUACCUGGAAGGUUUAAGACAAGUAGAAGGAAUUCUUCUCUUUCUGGUUUUCUGACAGCAAAGAAGCCAGUUCAAUUUUAAGAAAGCUGAUACUAGCUCUGAGCUACAGUAGGAAGGGUUUGGUUGAGAUGCUUGCACAGUGAGCCAUGUCACUUGUACAAACAGUACUCUUCAAUUCUAUGUGGUAUCAGUAACUGCAAAUAGUCUUUGAGAAACAUUGUCGAUCCAGUAUGCACUUUUGUCAGUCACUGUUUCAAAGGAGAUGCCUUGCAGAUUCUGUAUUUUUUCGUCCAAUGGCCUUUUUGUGGCUUCUGUACAAUUUGUAGUCCAUUUUCUAUGGAAAAGAAAGUCAAAUACAAGGCUUAUUGCUGGGAUGGCUUUUUCUUACUCUUGAAUCAAACUGAAAAGAGAUUUUCCCUACAGAACAGUACCAUACUGUAACUGCUGUGAACUGGCCAUUCCAUAUCAAUUAAGCUACCUCAUAACUAUGGCAUACCAUUAGGUACAUGUAUGUAAAAUAUACAUAAUAGAAAAUUAUAUAUGACAUUCCCAAGUCGCAAACAACUAACAAAAGAAGAAAACAUGACACGGAAACUCAGUUGAGUCUUUCUAACAUGACAUUUUAGCCAGAUGUGGAAAAUAUACAUUAAAAACAUAAUAAUAUACACCUCACUGCAUUAGCUGACUGCUAUGCUUUAGACGCUGGGCCGACAGUCCGAAUCAUGAUAAUCUCCGUAUCAGUAUGUCUCAUUCACAGUUGGUGCUGUGCUUAUAUCUGAACAUUGUAUUUAUAGAAUCUAGAGUCUACUUACCAUGUAGGUAGCCCUUUUGUACAGAAGAAAAAUGAAUGUGUACUUUGUAAUGAGUUGGCGUGAGUUUUGUAUCUAUUAAGGGAUGGGGAACUCUUUAAACAAGGCCAGGAGUGACGAAUGUCAGUUUUGUAUGAUGUUACCCUCCCAACCGUAUCUUAACCCCCAUUGUUCAUAAAGUGCCCAUUGUUAAUAUUUAUAAGUACAUUUAUAUCAUGUUGUCAGCAAAACUGAUAGAAUUGGCACUGGUAGUGUGUAGCCUAUAGUUCUUGUUUGUAAAGUAUCACAGAGGAAUUUUACCAUCCCAGGGAUGCGUUAUUCCUCCCAUAGCUGACAGAAGCGUACACGACUAAAGGCAAGUUUUUAUUAUGAUAAUUAUAUGAGGUCCUGUAUAUCUUCAGUGAAUACGAAAGUUCGUUCUGUAAGAAGCAGUUGUGAUGUUGGGUUGUGGAAAUGUCUUGUACAGUUACACGGCAGGCAUAAGAAGGGAAAAGGCUCUAACACGUCAUGCGUAGCGGAGAAAGAAAGACUAUCGUAUGGUAAAAAAAGAAUGGGCCUUUAUCAAACAAAACUGCUGUUUUCACCUCUGGAAGAGGACAAAUCUUACUUCCUGUAACAAAUCCAUAGUUAACUAAGUUUGAACGAAUGUAUCAAUACGGCUAACAUUCUGACCAUUGUAAAAAGCUAUGUUCAUAGUCCUAUUGAUAUGUAUUGAGAAUUUAAGAUAGGGCGCUGCUCAAUGCAGUUGCUAUCAGAAAUACUUCAAACCAGAGCAGUUGUGUUUAGUGAAGGCCUGUAUUGAGAAGAGGCGGCCCAUGGGGUCCACUUGGAAGAUUUUGUCUUGCCAAAUUGUGCAUUUUAUGAUCAGAGGUUUUUAAAAUAAAUUAUUGCCUUAUAUUUAUGAA